AUGGCUAUCACUGUUGUUGGCGUUGUUGGUGUUGUUGCUCCCAUUGUAGCCAAGAUCGGAAACUUUCUAAUGGCUCCAUUUAACUGUCAACUUGGCUAUGUAUUUUGCUAUAACAGUAAGAUCAAGAAUCUCAAAGAAGAAGCCGACAAGUUGGGUGAGAAAAGAGGUGCAGUGCAGCUAUCAGUUAACGAAGCAGAAAGAAAUGUGAAAGUUAUUGGGCCUGAUGUUAAGGGUUGGCAGGCAAGGGCUGAUAAAUGCAGCGAAGAUGCCAGGAGAAUUCUAGAAGUUACGUUACUCGGUAAGAAAGCAACCAAGAAGACAAUAGAGCUGGCUAAGUUACACAAGGAGAGGAAACUGACAGAAGUGGCCUACAAUGAGCCUCCACCAGGGAUAGAAUCCACAUCCACUGAAGGUAUUAAGGAUUUUAAAUCUUUAAGAUUGAUCAUGAACGAUGUCAUGGAGGCGCUGAAGGAUGAUAGAUUCCACGUGAUUGGGAUAUGUGGGAUUGGGGGUGUUGGUAAGACAACAAUGGUGAAACAAGUUGCUAAAAGAGCGACAGAAGAGAAUUUGUUUGAUGAGGUUGUGAUGGCUGUAGUGUCCCAAAGUCCUGAUGAAAGUAAGAUUCAAGGUCAAAUGCAUGGAUUGGGUUUGGAAUUUAAGGGGGAGACUGAACGUGGAAGAGCAAAUCGACUGAAUCAAGGACUGAGGCGUCCCAAGAAAUUCUUGGUCAUAUUGGAGGAUGUUUGGAACAUACUCGAACUAAAUGGCAUAGGAAUUCCAUUUGGAGAUGGUCACAAGAAUUGCAAAAUUUUACUCACUUCAAGAUUUGAUUAUGUGUGUGAUGAUAUGGGAGCUCAAACGAAAUUUACAAUUGCAGCCUUAUCUACAAAUGAAGCGUGGAAGCUCUUCAAGGAUAUGGCUGGAAUUUUCAAUGACACAAGCCACACAAGUACUGAUUUGUAUUUCACACAGAAGGCAGUUGCAACUGAAUGUGGAGGCUUGCCGGUUGCUAUUGUUACAGUUGCGAGGGCACUCAAAGAUAAAGAUAGGCAUUCAUGGGAUUCUGCUCUUCAACAAUUAAGCAGGUCCCUUGUCAAAAACUUUAAGGGAGUAGAAGAAAAGGUGUUUAAAUCUUUGGAGAUGAGCUACAACUACAUAGAAAGUACAGAAGCUAAGAAAUGCUUUUUGCUCUGUUCCUUAUAUCCGGAAGAUUUUAAUAUUCCAAUUGAAGAUCUUGUUAGAUAUGGGGUUGGGAUUGAGUGGUUUGAAGCUGUUGAUAGUGUUGGCGAAGCAAGAGACAGAGUGCAUGCCUUUAUUGAUGACUUAAAAAAAGGCUAUCUCUUGAUGGAUAGUGAAGUAAAAAGUUAUGUUAAAAUGCAUGAUGUAAUACGUGAUGUUGCUAUAUCAAUUGCAUCCAGGGAGGAGCAUUCGUUUAUGGUAAGAUGUGACAAAGCAUUGAAAGAAUGGCCAGAGAAAGAACGACACAAAAAUUACGCUGUAAUUUCAAUGAGAUGCACAGGUAUGAGUUGGUUGCCUGAUAAUCUAGAAUUCCCAGAACUCCAUCUUUUACAGCUAGAGGACAAUUAUGCAUCAAAACUGCCAAAACUCCCAUAUAGUUUCUACAGAGGGAUGAAGAAACUCAAAGCUCUAAACAUGUUGAAUGCGUACAUAGAACGAUCAUUGCCGACAUCACUCCAAUGGUUGACCAACCUUCGAAGCUUGUCACUAUACAGAUGCAGACAAAUCAAUGAUGUAUCAGUGAUAGGAGCAUUAGAGAAUCUAAAAAUUUUAAGUUUCAGUGGCACUAGAAUCAAGGAGUUGCCAAAAGACAUAGGUCGGCUUAGUCUCUUGAAGCUACCGGAUUUGUUGCGAUGUGGCAUGAAAAGGAUUUGUCUAGGGGUUUUGUCAAGGUUAUCAAAGCUAGAAGAGUUGUAUCUUGGAUCUAGCUUUAAUGAUGAAAACAGUAUAGAAGAAACUAAAGCAAUUUUCACUGAGCUGGGGUUCUUGACUAAUUUUACUACUUUGGAUGUUGAGCUGACAAGUUUCGAAUACUGGCCAAGGGACUUGGUGCUUACACAUCUACAAACAUUCGUUACAAUCCUUGGCUCUACUCUCCCUACCUACUAUUCUAGUGACUAUCAAUUUCAAAACCAGGUGACUCUCAAGAUUAUUCACGGGAACGAUCUUAUGGAGAGUGGGUUCAAGAUUGUUUUCAAGAUCACUAAACAAUUGCACUCAACACAAGUAGUAGGUUUGAAGAAUGUUGGCUAUGAUUUAGACAAAGAUGGUUUCAAACAAUUAACUGCAUUGUGGUUGGGUAAGUGUGAGGAUCUGGAAUAUCUCAUCGAAACAACAAAUGGAGAUGUGGGUCCCACUCAACUUGUACGGCUUUGUAACCUGACAUUUGUAGAAGUGAAGAGAUGUGAUAAACUGAAAAGCAUGUUCUCAGUUUCCAUAGCCAGAGAUGUGAGGCAACUGCAGACACUUAAGAUAUCCAGAUGCCAUAUGAUGGAAGUACUUAUUUCGAGUGAUGAAGAAGGAGAUCUAAAUGAGAUAGCAUCAGCAACUGUGAAAUCAUCACCCCAUCAGAUGAUAGAGUUGAUGCAGAUCUCUCAAGCAAGCUUGACGCAGGGAGACCAGAAGCCAUGGGUGCGAGCACUAUGCACGGAGUUGCAUAGUGGUAACUUGUACAGACCGGUGAAAGUUUUCUUGGCAGAAGGGCUAACUGUCAAACAUCAGUACGGACGUACAAGUAAGACAGAACCGAACAUCAGGGAUUGCAGCACAAACAACAAGCGUAUGUGGAAACGCCAGGAGGUUGAAUUAAUUGCCAUUGAGAAAUUGUUGAUCUUAUCAAUGCAUAACGUGAUAGAGAUAUGGCCUGGGAAACUUCUGGAAAAACUAAGAGACGUGAUAAUUUUUAGGUGUCCUAAGCUAUUGAAUAUUCUUUUUCCAUCCAAUUUGAUCAAGGGCAUGCAGAGUCUGGAACAAGUGCGAGUGGAGUACUGCCAAUCUGUGGAAGUAGUAUUUGACCUUGAAGGAGUAAUUGUUAGGAAAGGCUAUUCAGAUAGCCUACUCCCUUCAUUAACACAAUUGCUGCUACUUUAUCUACCAAAGUUGACACAUGUUUGGAAGGACAAUUUACCAAGAAUUCAAGGCUUUCAGAACCUAACAUCCCUAAUAAUAAGUGGUUGUGGUAAUUUGAGAAAUAUAUUCUCACCUUCUCAAGCCAGACUUCUUGUGAAACUACAAAAAAUAAAGGUAGCUGAAUGCGGUGUGCUGGAAGCGAUCAUUGGUGAGGAACCAAAAGUGGAUGACGAAGUUGCAGCCGAUAUAAUCAUGUUUCCUCAACUAAGUAGUCUCGAACUCUAUCAUCUGCCAAGCCUUAGGAGUAUAUGUCCCCAGGCUUACACAGUUGAAGGAUCAUUCUUGAAGAAGAUAGAAGUGAUUAAUUGUCCCAACAUGAAGGCACUCCCCUCAGCAUUCCAGGGCAUUCCAGAGCUACAAGAGAGCAAUGUUCAAAAAGUGGACUUUUUUGGCUCAGCUCAACACCAUCUGUGGGAUGGAAAUUUUAGUUUAAGCAGCAAUGGAAAACUUAUUGUCACAGGAAUAAAUGAGCCAAAUGAGAUACGGCACAAUCAACUUGAAGUUGGAUGCCUUCACAAAUUUAAUGCAAAGACUGCACUGCACAAUAUGAAAGGGCUAAAGGUUUGGUGGUGUGGCUCACUGGAAAUGAUAUUUGACCUCCAAGAAGGGGUGUGUGCUAGUGCUAGUGCUAGUUCUAGUGGUGGUGCUGGUGAGGAAGAAACAUCAAUUACACCAUUAGACUUUUUGGAAUUGAAGUAUUUGCCGAAGCUGAUGCAUAUAUGGAAGAAUGUUUCCCAAGAAAUUCAUUGUUUUGAAAAUCUAACAUCUCUAACAGUGGAGUGUUGUGACAACUUGAGAUAUAUAUUCACAAUUUUCAUGGCAAACCUCCUUGUGAAUCUAGAAGAUCUAUAUAUUAGACAUUGCGAGAAGGUAGAAAAGAUUGUCACUAAGGAAAUGAAGAAGAAAUCCUUUUGCAACAAUUUCCCUAUGUCGAACUUACCAAUCUUGUGUUUUGGUCCAGACAUAAAUGAUAUUCAAAUUCUAGUCAGUCACUCAACUGUAAAUUUCUGCCUCAAAUUUGCAGCCAAUGACGGUGAGAAUCGCUAUUAUGAUUACAAUAAAGAUGACUUUGAUGACUUUGAUGAUGAAGAUUAUGAAGAAGACUUCGGCCCUAGUGAUGACGAUUUCCCUUGUGAUUACUAUUACAAUGAUGUGGUGAUGAUGAUGACGACGACGCCGAUGAUGAAGACUUUGGCAAUGAUGAUAACGACGACUAUGACAACGAUAACGAUUAAAAACGUUGUUGGGUAUUAG